AUGGAUGCGUUCCUGUCGAAGAAGCAACAGCUGAAAGAGGACCUCCAGCGGUCGCGGAGUAGAAUCUCCAUCUCCUUCGACCUCUGGACCUCGCCAAACCCGUACGCAAUCCUGGGUGUCGUCGCCAUGUGGAUUGACGCCACCGGCAAGCGACGAAGUACCGUCCUGGGCAUGCGACGCGUUCAUGGCGAGCACAGUGGCGAGAAUCUUGGGUCGACCGUUCUCGAAUUAUUGACGGAAUAUGACAUUGGCGGAGAUCAGAUUGGAUACUUCAUGCUGGACAAUGCUUCAUCCAAUGAUACCGCUGUUGAGUUUAUACUCAAGGAGCUCUGCCCAUGGAUGAAGCCGCAACAGCGUCGCCAUCGCCGACUGCGCUGCUUGGGUCACAUUGUCAACCUCUGCUGCCAGGCGUUUCUCAUGGGUCGAAAUUGUAUCUCCAAGGUUGUGCAGAUGCUGCGUGGUCAAAGUGCGAGGACGUAUUACGCAGCUCAAGUACUCAAUCCGUAUCGAAAGUGGGCAUGGUUCAGGCAAGAAUGGGUUCUUCAGGGCGACGAAGGAAGACAGAAGUGGUAUGAAAGCGCACAGCUGGCGGUGAAGCAGCUCUGGGAGACAGAGUAUAAGGAAAAGGAACAUAAGCGCAUUCGCAUAGACGGCCCGGCUGCUGCCACCGAUCUGUAUGAGCAGUAUAUUUCGACCGACCGGCUGCAUGACGAGGAGGCAGGUUGCGAUGAGGCCAUCGCCUAUUGGCUAUCCGUUAUGACUCGCAAAGAGACCUCGCCCGCUUCGCUCUGGAUCUAUUUGCGGUUUCCCCAAUGUCAGAUGAGGGAAGACGUGUAUAGCACCUCUCAAAACAACGCUACACCUGCUUCCCAAUUCAUGAUAGAGGAGCGCUACUCAAGACUCCGAUUCCAGGGCAUCAUAAUUGACACAGGCGCCGCGAAGGUUUCCACAGCUGGCUACGACCAAUGCAUCGCUCUACAACGAGCAGACCCUGCUAUAACGCUCGAUAAGACUACAGCAGGCCAAGCUUCUAUCAAAUUCGGCAACGGCGAAGCCAUUCUAUCCCUCGGCUCUAUCGCCCUUAAAACACCUCUCGGAAGGAUCACAUUCCAUAUCCUCAAGACCCCUACUCCCUUCCUCCUCUCUCUCGCUGAUAUGGAUCGCCUAGGCAUCUAUUUCAACAACCUUACAGACACUAUUGUCGGACGAACAACCCUCGGUUAUCCGCAAAUGGGGACAUCCUUGCGGUCCCAAGACUUCACAACCUCCUACGGCAAGCUGGCCACAACGAUCUCCAAGACGCUUCAAAUUCACCUAAAGGAUGACCAGGAAUUCAACUACGAAAUCGUCGCUGAUGUGCUCUACCUUGGAACCCCUCAACGCCCCGUCUUGCACGUGGAUACGUGGGAAGCCCUCCGAGCCCUCUGGAUAGACACAUAUCUCGGACCCCCUGAUACUAUCAAGCACGACGCAGGGACCAAUUUUGCCUCCCUAGAGUUCCGUAACGAGGUUGAAAGAUAUCAUGCCCCUCUCCGCCCCAUCAACGACACAGCAGGGCCAAAUGGCAUUGUCCCUACGCUCCUAGUCUUUGGCGCCUACCCUCGAAUGGCGUUAGAUUCGCCCCCUUCUGCUACGACCCUGAAAAGGGCUGCCGCAGCCCAGAAGGCGAUGAAAAUGCUUCGUCAGCUCUCAGCAGAGCGCGAGACCUUCCGUUCCACCCUUGUGCAGCCUUAUUUCCGCGACGAGACGACGAUCCCUGCCCCGCUGCUGCUGCUGCGGAUGAUUCUGACAUUCCUGUUUCUGAUCCUGCGAGCGAUUCUGUUCCUGUUUCUGCCCCUGCCCCUGCCCCUGUUCCUGCUCCUAAUCCCCGGCGCCGCGCAAGCGAGGCGCCCCUGGUUCGAAGAAUAA